CUAGUAAGAAAGUCGGGCAGUAUGAUUUUAUAAACAAGACAUAGUCUUGUCAAUAACACGUAAUGUAAAUCAAAUUCAAAUGGUAGAAUGACUAAAACUUAGAGCCCGAAAUGCUGUGAUCUUAUAUGAAAAAGGAUCGGAAGAGAUUGCUGGGAUGAACAGUGGUAAGUAGCCCAGUUUGUAAUAAAUACUCAUUUCCACCUGGCCUCUGUCGAGAUGCAUGCUAACAUCUAAGAAAUGAGCACUAGUGCUACUUACCUGAUCCAGUUUAAGGGUAAGACCGUAUGGGCUAUAACCAGACAGGCCAACACUCAUCACACCAAUAGGGACAAUGCUUUGCUAGAACUGCAACAUAUCAAAGAUAUAGCUGUAGAAUAUGGCUAUAGAAGAGACCUUGUACGUGGGCUAUCACGCGCCUACUCCAACCAUCUAGUUGCACACUGUUCCCAACAUCCAGACCACUUCUAAUGGAAACUAGCAAUGCAAUCCUGGCUGCAAGUGCACCACUGUAUGGUUCAAUUGGCAUUUGAAUUCCUUAUACAAAGAUAUUGCUGGCCAUAGUGGUACUGAAAUUGCAUACAGGAGAUCUGGUACAAUAUACAAGUUGCUAUGCAGUGCAAAAGAUAAGAUAGAUGAAAGCAGGGUCCCAGGAGUGUACAGUAUACUGGUAAGGGAUAAUAGAUUCCAAAGGGAAUUGGUGUAUAUUGGCUCAACUAAACAAUCAAUAUGGAAAAGGGUACGUGAGCAUGAAUAUGACAUUAAAAACAACAGGCAUACCACCUCCUCGUCCACGUAUGCCACUGACCUGAAAGUGCAUGUGGACCUCCAGAACACUCAAGUUAAUCAGGCAGGCCUAACAAGCAGACCAUAUUUGUAGUCUGGAGGCUUUAGAAAUAUAUAAAGCCAGCCUGACCAGCAAGUAUAUUAAUUUUAAAGACUGCAAUACAUGCAUGGAGGUACCGGUAUCUUUAUGAAAAAUUUGGGCAAGUUAGCCUAUAUUAAUUCACUCUGCACAUCUUAAAAAGGUAUAUAUGUGACAGGAUUAUACAGUUACGAGUUUUGGUCAUUCUACUAUUUGAAUUCAAUUUAUGUUACAUGUUGUUCAAAGUUUAAAAUUGGUUUUUUGAAUAUUAUUGUUUCAACAUUUCAAUUUGGAAUUAGUUAAAAACCCUGAUGCAGGCUUUGGUGAAGGCUGAAAACAUUCGUUUUUGUUAAUAUUUGUUACUGGUAGUUGAAGGUUUUGUUUUAUGUGUUACUAACUUACAUUUAAAUUUCAAAAGUUCACCUACUGCUACAAUACUAUCUUAUCUUUUGCAUACCAGCUCUGCUAAUGUUACACAUGCUAGAUUAGGUCUUCCAGACUUAGAGGGUGGGGCAGAAAGGAUGGACAUUUUAAAAAAUCACAUCUAUAAUUGUUACUACAAAAGAUAUUGGUUGGAAAAUGUGAGUUCGUAUUGAAAUAGCAUUUUACAGUAUCAAGUGUGGAAAACAAUAUCUCCUAUGUGGUGUCCAUUAUCAGUGAUGUAUUUCUGGAGGCGUUCUUGGAAGUUGGCAUUCACUCUUUCCAACUUUGCUCCAUGCAUAAUCCCCGGCAUAAUUCACCUGUUGCACAACAGCCAAUUUGUAGGGGUGGAAAUACAGGUCUAAAUGCAUAAUAUGCCUUACUGAAUGAUAACUGAGGCCAAGUUCAGAAGAAUGCUUCCAAGCAGAUCGACGAGGACUGCGCAACAAGGCUAGUCUGACGUUCUCCACAUUUUCAGGGGUACAUGCCAUUUGUGGUGCUUUCGGCAGUCUUUUGUUCAUGAGUGUACCUCGCUUAUGAAGUGCUUUAACCCAACAUAGGAUGGUGUUAUGAACAGAAACAGCUUUGUUUCUGUGGAUAUUGAAAUGACAACGAAACUCACACUGAACUGCCAUAAUAGACUCCUUAUUCUUGAGGAAACCAUCAUAUGCAAAGGUGUAGUGUUCUAUCAUUCAUAGCUCCUUGCCUUCAACUGAAAAGACAGUUCUGAGACUGCACUACUUUCAUUCAAUCUGCCACACAUCUGUCACUCACCUGGUGGUGAGUUCUAGCCAUUUCAAAAACAUCAGUCUUUCUGCCCACCCUGUAUUAUAGAUUCUAUUACUUUAACAGAAUUUUAUAUUUUAAACUUUUUAAUGGUUUUAUUAUGUUAGAUCUGUUAUGUCUUCAUAUCCAACCAGAACUACAUGCUAUAGUUGUUUAAACAUUCUUCCUUUUCAUUUAAGCUUGUCACAAAAACUUUUUAUCAUGGUAUAUUUUCAAUGGAGGGAUUUGAGAAUGCAUUGCAUCUAAAAUUUUGUAAAUAUGGUUUGGAAAUGUCUGAAACAAAAACAUUACAAUGCGUAUUUGUUACUGGUGGUGCCGGUUACGUAGGAAGCCAUACCAUUUUAGAAUUAUUGAAUUCUGGUUAUGACGUUAUAGCAAUUGAUAAUUUUGUAAAUGCAAUUCCAGGACAGGAUGGAAUGCCGGAAAGUUUAUCCAGAGUACAAAAAUUGGCCAAAAAAUCACUAACCUUUUAUAAAGCAGAUCUACAAGACAAACUAACCAUUAGAGAAAUUUUUUCUAAACAUAAAGUAGAUUGUGUAAUUCAUUUUGCUGCCUUAAAAGCCGUUGGAGAAUCAUGUCGUAUUCCACUCGACUAUUAUAGAAACAAUGUAGGAGGUUCUGUCACACUUUUGGAGGUUAUGAGAGAAUUUGGUGUGAAAAGAAUUAUAUUUUCAAGUUCUGCCACAGUAUAUGGUAUUCCAAAGUAUCUGCCAAUUGAUGAAAAUCAUCCCGUUGGAUUAACAUGCACAAAUCCAUAUGGAAGAACUAAAUAUUUUAUUGAAGAAAUAAUGAAAGAUGUUACAAAAUCUGAAAAAUUGUUUUACAUAGCAAUAAUCUACAGCAUACCAAAUAUUAAGAUUUUAAUCAGUGUUUUAAUUUUUAUAGGAGUAAGAGAUUACAUUCACGUUAUGGACCUAGCGGCAGGACACGUUGCCGCAUUAACUAAAAUGAUGGAUAAUAAUUUCUUUGGGUGCAAGGCUUAUAAUCUUGGCACGGGUUGCGGAUACUCCGUGUUGGACGUGAUUCAUAACUUCGAAAAGGCGACGGAGAGAAAAAUUCCCUACAGGAUCGUGGGAAGACGUACGGGAGACGUGGACAGUCUGUAUGCCGAUCCGUCGAUAGCCAAACAAGAACUAAAAUGGGAAGCCAAGAGGGACUUGUUACAAAUGUGUGUUGAUACUUGGCACUGGCAGUCAAUGAAUCCCUUAGGAUUUUCUUCCCCCGAAUCCGAGAACAAAAUAUCCUAGACAUUGGGGAGGAAACGAUUUUAUACCACAUGCAAUUAUUAUAAUUUCGUGCAUAAUAAUUGCAUAAACGUUAAUUUAAUAAGCAAAAAUAUUAUUAACUAUUCGGUACU